UGCGGUCUGAAGUGGCAACAGAUCGUUUUGGAUCACUCAAAUCCUUUCAAUUCAACUGGAAAGCUGCAGCUUGUUGCACGCCGGUCGCAUAUGCAGAGACCAGCCAAGCAGCGGGUGAAAGUGGCCGGUGUUGUGACAGUUUCACAGAGCAAAAGAAAAAGAGGGAGAGAAACCACAACACUGCAACUUGGAUAUCAGUAACCGCUCUCUCUCUUUAACUAUCUCGCCCACCAAAUCGACUUUGAACCUGUUUGUUUAAAUACACGGACUUUACAGCCUACACACUUACUGUUGAUUCUGUAAGGCGGAGGGAGCGAAGUUUCUCAAUUGUGGGUCAAUUUUUUGGAGCUGCUAAAAAAACGUUUUGGUGUCCUCAUGGUGCCUGGAGCUGCCGAGGUGAGCGUCUUUUAUCCGAGUCUUUCGGACGUGAUGUUGCGACUGUCACGGACGAUGGAGUCGGGAACUGAGCCGGGGAGGUACUGAAGACAUCUCUCUCCCCAGGGAGAGUCCUCCCUCCCCCCGGGGCGAUGCGGAUCUCCUUCAUCCUCCUCACCACCUCUCUGUGUGCCUUGGUCCUCCUCCUCGCACCUGCCUCGGAGGGCUGCGGGCCGGGGAGGGGGUACGGCAAGAGGCGGCUCCCGAAGAAGCUCAUCCCGCUUGACUACAAGCAAUUCAGCCCCAAGGUAGCCGAGAAGACCCUGGGAGCCAGCGGGAGACCCGAGGGUAAAAUAACGCGCAACUCCGAGCGCUUUAAAGAACUCACGCCGAAUUACAACACAGAUAUUAUCUUCAAAGAUGAGGAGGACACGGGGGCUGACAGGCUCAUGACCCAGCGUUGCAAAGACAAGUUAAACUCUCUGGCCAUCUCAGUGAUGAACAUGUGGCCAGGUGUUAAGCUGAGAGUGACUGAGGGCUGGGAUGAGGAUGGUCAUCAUUCAGAAGACUCGUUGCACUAUGAGGGACGUGCUUUGGAUAUCACCACAUCAGACAGGGACAGAAACAAGUAUGGCAUGUUGGCCCGGCUGGCAGUAGAAGCUGGAUUUGACUGGGUCUACUACGAGUCCAAAGCCCACAUUCACUGUAGCGUUAAGUCAGAACAUUCUGUUGCCGCCAAAACCGGUGGCUGUUUCCCUGGCGACGCUCAGGUUAUCCUCCAGGGCGGGGCUACUAAACAGAUGCGUGACCUUCACCCUGGUGACCGAGUCUUGGCCUCUUCAACGACAGAUGGUCACGGCUCCCUGCUCUACAGUCCGGUCCUGUCCUUCCUGGACCACCAGCCCAACAUCACAAAGAUCUUUUACAUCAUUGGCACCAACAGAGGACUUAAUAUUACUCUCACAGCCGCUCACCUGAUCUUUGUCACAGACUGCAGUGGUGAGCAGAGUGAGCCAAAGUGGGACAAGACAGCUGAAGGGCCGCCACUAAAGGGCUCCAUACAAAAGGACAGGCCUCGCUGGAAAGCAGAUCUGAGAACAGUAUUUGCCAGUGAAGUCCAGCCUGGACAGUGUGUACUUAUAUCACAAGGGAAAGUAGGCUCACAGGCAGAUCUUUCUGUAGUGACCUUUGUAGAAGAACAGAGGAACACCGGGCUGUAUGCCCCACUAACCCAGCAUGGCUCCAUAGUGGUGAAUGGUGUGCUAGCAUCCUGCUAUGCGGCUGUGGACAAUCACCAUUUGGCCCACUGGGCCCUGGCCCCACUGAGGGUCUUCUACAGCCUGAUCGGACCCUCAGAACCUCAGACUGAUGGCCUGCACUGGUACACUUGGCUUCUACAGAGGCUGGGGCAAAUGCUAUUGGGUGCUGGACACUUCCACCCCUUGGGGAUCGAGCAAGUACAAAGAUAGGAGCCACAGUGACAUGGUACACUCUGAUGACCUCUUUCACUUAUUCAGGAGAAACAAAGCACAGAUCAAGAACCAUCAACAAUUGGUUUUUACUUUACUUGCCUGUAUUUGCUAAACAUCAACAAAGUCCUAAUUGUAGUACAUGUAAUUGUGCAAAAGACAAUAGACUGGCAGCAUUUUCUUUUACUUUGGGAAAUUUCGAUUUCCUUCAUUCCAAAUGAUUUAGAUGACAAUCAAAUUCCGUUAAAAAAAUGAAAAAAGGAGACAAUCAAGUUUAAUUAUUCCUUUGUACUGUAUUUAAUGUCCUAAAAUGUGUGAGAUCACGCUGGGGUUUACUGAUAUAAUAAGAGAACAUUUUAUACAUUUUACACAUUUUUGGAGCACCAAGAUUCAUAGAAAAAAUGAAGGAAACAUUUGAGGAGGAAUGAAGAACAUUGAGAAACCUAGUGACUGAACUAGGUGUGAUUUGAAGCUCUAUAUGUACAUAGGUAUUUAUUCUUUUAGGAAUUGUUAAAAUAUUCUGUCAGAAUCAUUCCUGAAGUCAAUCCUCAGAUUUGUUUGUACUUCUAUUUUAUCGAGCCGAUACUGUAUAUUAUAAGUAAUUUCCAAAAUAAUAUUUAACUGGACCAUGAUGGAGGAAGUUCUGUGUAUUUAAAUGACAGAAAAAGGAUAAUGGACACUGUGUGUAUACUUACCAAUGCAAGGCAAAUGCAUGGGUUAAUAAUGGGCAUGCUGUCAAUCUGUUUUUCAAAGUAUUUCAUCUGCUUCAUUAUCUCAAAGGAUUCAUAUGGUUCAUCUAUACAUCUUCAUGGGUUUUUUUAUCAGUUGUUUUAUUUAAAAUGUAUUUUGUGACAUGUUUUCAUUGUUUCAGGUUUUCAAUUUCCGGUCAGUAGUAUCUACUUAAGUUAUACACAACACUCAGGCUGUAUUCAACUACUGUAUUAAGCAACAGCUGCAUAAUAUUAAAUUACAGAUAGUUACUUGAUAACUCUCCUUUGCAUUGAUUUAUUUUGUAUUCCACCCAUCACACUAUACUUAACACCUAGAUUCGCAAAGGUUCAGCAAUUCUGUUGUUAUAGUCAGCAGAUGUGAUGGAUGGCUGAAUGAAAAUUAAUGUUUUUAUAUUACUAUAUUAUAAGUGUUUGUUCAGGUUGUCACUUAUUGAGCAUAUCAACUCAAACGUUGCUAUCUAGGAGCUCCAAGGCGUUUCUCUAUAUGCCUUCUUAAAAACAUUUGUCACAUAUGUAUAUUAAGCUAUUGCUGGAGAGAAUAUUUAAAGAUCUAUUUUUUAGAAAAUAAUGUAAACUAUUAUUAUUUUUUG